CGACGUGGUUGAGCGGUAUUCGAAUUGGAACGGGAACGGGAAGAAGAUGCCGCUGCUAUUUACGGGCUUCAACGCAUUUGGCCAGCAUGAAUGUGUAAGCGGCGACGUCGACUGCGCAGCCGGCUUCAGCGAAUUAAAUGCGCCAGUUGCGACUCAGAACCAGUGCACGAUUUCGAUCGGCUGGCGGUAUGCGGCCCUCGCUUUUGGCCGGAAGUUGUGCCUGCGUGGGCUCUUGGCUGAUGGCCCAAAUGAGUGCGUGACCCUGGAGGCGGCGGGGGACAUAAGGGCCCUGGCUGCCGGCGAUUCCCACUGCCUGGUGCUACUCCAAAGCGGUCAGCUUUACAGGGUGCAGCCCAAACUGCAGGCGGAACUGGUGGCUGUUAGACUAGAAGCUCCGCCCAGAUCCAAUUCGGGUACAAAGCGCUCUAUCUUUGGGGCUGCCAAGGUGCCCUCGUCGCCGAUCAUAGAGCAUAUUGCGUGUGGAUCGCACAUAAACGUAGCGAUCAGCUCGGAAAACUGCAUCUACAGCAUUCCCAGCUGCCUGCAUCAGUUUCCCGAGCGCCAGUUUCGGGUGAAGCAGCUCCAAUGUGGCCAUGAACAUGCCGUGCUCCUCAAUGCCAACGGCGACGUGUUCACCUGGGGAAAUGGACUCCGCGGACAGUUGGGUCUCGCGGAGCUGAGAGUGGAGGAGACGCCGCAGUUGCUGGAGGCGCUGGCGGGGAUUAAGAUAACUCAAAUUGCUGCCGGUGGUUGGCACAGUGCGGCCAUAUCCGCCUUCGGAGACCUCUACACCUGGGGAGUCAACAGCAGCGGUCAGCUGGGAAUGCGUGUAAUGAAAGCCGGUGGCGUCCUCAAAGAGCCCACUGUAUAUCCGCUGCCCCAGUUGCAAGACCUGGCCGAAUGUGCGUGCCUCCAAGGCGGGGAGAGCAACGAUGAUUGUGCACCGCUGAGGGUGUUCGCUGGAUCUCGUCACACGCUGCUGAUCCGCCGGUGCGGGCGGCUAUGGGUCAGUGGUUGGUGCAAGCACGGUCAACUUGGCAGGCAGCUCCAAAACCUGUCUUAUGUGGAUGCCUUUCAGGCCCUGGAGGGUAUCACGAUGAAUCCGACUGCUGAUGAUGUUCUCUGCGGGCCCUGGUCAACGCUGCUCCAUUUGAAGGCAUCGUUGGAUUGAAAACACACAGCUUUUAAGCAGGGUUUACUUUUGUACAAGCUACCAAGUUGAACUCAGCUUGGACACAAACCAAUUUACAUGUCAAUUUGCGUGCAUACUUUUUGGCGCAUGUAUUAUAUCAUUUUACUUGUCUCUUAUCUACUUUGUAAAUAGGAAAUUUGUUGUAUAA